AUGAGUGAGGAUAUUAUUACUCAGGUGGCGCCCGAACAGUAUUCAGCAAUCGGUGGAGACUAUGAUGACAGUGCCGACUUUAAUUCAAACAUACACCUUGAUAUACGCGGCCGACAAUUCACGAUUACGCGCGACGAGCUUAUGGGAUUACCAGAACUGAUUCUUCUUUGCUUGUUUCCUAAUGGUGUCUUCCUUGAUAUCAAUGGUCAGGUGAUUGCAAAUUUGACCGAAGAUGACACCGUUUACGUCAAUUUUGAUCCAGAUUGUUUUCAAUACAUCAUUGAUGUGUUUUCUCAAGCGCAACAUGAACUUGAUGAGUAUCCUCAACUGCCAGACACCCUGUACGCAUCCAAUCGACAUGAAAAUGUACUUCAGCAUAAGCCUGCUAUAAUUGUUUUACGCGAAGAUUUGGAUUACUACGUCAUCCCUCCGAAACCUGGAAUGAACCAUGACCACAUGCGCCAUCUUAAAUUGGAGGUAAGCAGUCACUUGUUGCACAAUCAGCUUAUAUUUCUGGGUCUUGGAUACGAUCUGACUUUACCUCCUUCAGUUGAACAACAUUUGGGCCCCGCUGAACAACAUUUGUUCGACAUGUUGUGCUCACUGGGGUUCGACAGAGGCGGAGAAUGGGGCAUCCGUAAGGAAAAGGCGCAACAUACUCCAUGGGUCGAGAAGUACCGUCCUAAAAAUCUUGAUGCCGUCUCUUCCCAAGAUCAUGCUGUGGAUGUUUUGAAGAAGACGAUUCAGCUGGGCAACCUUCCACACAUGUUAUUUUACGGACCCCCGGGCACAGGUAAAACGUCAACUAUCCUUGCACUUGCCAAGCAGUUAUACGGACCGAGUCUCUACAAGCUGAGAGUCUUGGAGUUAAAUGCAUCUGAUGAACGAGGGAUUCUGAUUGUUCGUCAGAAGAUCAAAAAUUUUGCUCGGCUUGCGGUUUCCAACCCAACGAAGGAAGACUUGGAAAAGUAUCCUUGUCCUCCAUUUAAAAUCAUCAUAUUGGAUGAAGCUGACUCCAUGACGAAUGAGGCUCAGCUGGCAUUGCGGCGAACAAUUGAGAAGUAUGCCAACGUCACAAGAUUUUGCCUUAUUUGCAAUUACGUUACAAGAAUCAUUGACCCUUUGGCUUCAAGAUGCGCAAAGUUUCGAUUUCGUCUGCUUGCUGAUGACAACGCCAUCAGUCGCUUGAAAUUCAUUGCCGACGAGGAGAACGUGCCUUUAUCUGGUCCUGAUGUGUUAUCCGAACUUUUAAAAAUUUCGGGUGGUGACUUAAGAAAGGCCAUCACAUAUUUGCAAUCUGGUACGAAGUUGAUUCUGAUGGGCAAUAAUGGUACAUUGACAGCUCAGCUUGUCAGAGAAAUUGCUGGAAUUUUACCUCCAGCUUUGAUCGACGAAUUGGUCGCCUCCAUCAAGUCUGGGGAUGCCAAAGCUGUAGGUUCUGGUGUUCAGGCAUUAGUAUUGCAAGGCUGGAGCGCACAGCAAAUAUUGGAUCAGAUUCAUGAUAAUAUGAUUUUCGAUGACAGAAUUGAUGGUGUUGCUAAAAAUAAGAUUGCUGCAACAUUAUUUGAAGCGGAUUCAAGGCUUAAUAACGGUGGGGAUGAGUAUAUCCAGCUUCUUAAUGUUGCAUUACAGGUAUCAACUGCUUUCUGA